AACAUAACUUCAAAAGAAGAUUUGAUUCUUUAUUUCUGGACUGCAUAUAUAUAACAAGGCCAUCAGAAUGUCGGGAGCCUCAGUGAAGGUAGCUGUCCGGGUGAGGCCCUUCAAUUCUCGAGAGACUAGCAAGGAGUCCAAGUGUAUCAUUCAGAUGCAAGGCAACUCGACCAGUAUUAUUAACCCAAAGAACCCAAAGGAAGCUCCAAAGUCCUUCAGCUUCGACUACUCUUACUGGUCUCACACCUCGCCUGAAGAUCCCUGUUUUGCAUCUCAAAACCGGGUGUACAAUGACAUAGGAAAGGAAAUGCUCUUACAUGCCUUUGAGGGAUAUAAUGUUUGUAUUUUUGCCUAUGGACAGACCGGUGCUGGGAAAUCUUAUACAAUGAUGGGUAAACAAGAAGAAAGCCAGGCUGGCAUUAUUCCACAGUUAUGUGAAGAACUAUUUGAGAAAAUCAAUGACAACUGUAAUGAAGAAAUGUCUUACUCUGUGGAGGUGAGCUACAUGGAAAUUUACUGUGAGAGAGUACGAGACUUGCUGAAUCCAAAAAACAAGGGUAAUUUGCGUGUGCGUGAACACCCACUUCUUGGACCCUAUGUGGAGGAUCUGUCAAAGUUGGCAGUCACUUCCUACACAGACAUUGCUGACCUCAUGGACGCUGGGAACAAAGCCAGGACAGUGGCAGCUACCAACAUGAAUGAAACAAGUAGCCGUUCCCAUGCCGUGUUUACUAUUGUUUUCACCCAGAAGAAACAUGAUACUGAGACCAACCUUUCCACUGAGAAGGUUAGUAAAAUCAGCCUGGUGGAUCUAGCUGGAAGCGAAAGAGCUGAUUCAACUGGUGCCAAGGGGACUCGAUUAAAGGAAGGAGCAAAUAUUAAUAAGUCUCUUACAACUUUGGGCAAAGUCAUUUCAGCCUUGGCAGAGGUGGAUAACUGCACCAGCAAGAGUAAAAAGAAGAAGAAAACUGAUUUUAUUCCCUACAGGGAUUCUGUACUUACUUGGCUCCUUCGAGAAAAUCUAGGUGGCAAUUCUCGGACUGCAAUGGUUGCUGCUCUGAGUCCAGCAGACAUCAACUAUGAUGAAACUCUGAGCACUCUGAGAUAUGCAGAUCGCGCAAAACAAAUUAAAUGCAAUGCUGUUAUCAAUGAAGAUCCCAAUGCCAAACUGGUUCGUGAAUUAAAGGAGGAGGUGACACGGCUGAAGGACCUUCUUCGUGCUCAGGGGCUGGGAGAUAUUAUUGAUAUUGAUCCACUGAUUGAUGAUUACUCUGGAAGUGGAGGCAAAUAUCUGAAAGAUUUUCAGAACAAUAAGCAUAGGUACUUGCUAGCCUCUGAGAAUCAACGCCCUGGCCAUUUUUCCACAGCAUCCAUGGGGUCCCUCACUUCAUCCCCAUCUUCCUGCUCACUCAGUAGUCAGGUGGGCUUGACGUCUGUCACCAGUAUUCAGGAGAGGAUCAUGUCUACACCUGGAGGAGAGGAAGCCAUUGAGCGUCUAAAGGAAUCAGAGAAGAUCAUCGCUGAGUUGAAUGAAACCUGGGAAGAGAAGCUUCGAAAAACAGAGGCCAUCAGAAUGGAGAGAGAGGCCUUGUUGGCUGAGAUGGGAGUUGCCAUUCGGGAAGAUGGAGGAACCCUGGGGGUUUUCUCACCUAAAAAGACCCCACAUCUUGUUAACCUCAAUGAAGACCCACUAAUGUCUGAAUGCCUGCUUUAUUACAUCAAAGAUGGAAUUACAAGGGUUGGCCAAGCAGAUGCUGAGCGGCGCCAGGACAUAGUGCUGAGUGGGGCUCACAUUAAAGAAGAGCAUUGUAUCUUCCGGAGUGAGAGAAACAGCAGUGGUGAAGUUAUUGUGACUCUAGAGCCUUGUGAACGCUCAGAAACCUAUGUAAAUGGCAAGAGGGUGGCCCAGCCUGUCCAGCUGCGUUCAGGAAACCGUAUCAUCAUGGGUAAAAACCAUGUUUUUCGUUUUAACCACCCGGAACAAGCACGGGCUGAGCGGGAAAAGACUCCUUCUGCUGAGACCCCAUCUGAGCCUGUGGACUGGACGUUUGCCCAGAGAGAGCUUCUGGAAAAACAAGGAAUUGAUAUGAAGCAAGAGAUGGAGAAAAGGCUGCAGGAAAUGGAGAUUUUGUACAAAAAGGAGAAAGAAGAAGCAGAUCUUCUCUUGGAGCAGCAGAGACUGGACUAUGAGAGUAAAUUGCAGGCCUUGCAGAAGCAAGUUGAGACCCGAUCCUUAACUGCAGAAACAACUGAAGAGGAAGAAGAGGAGGAAGAAGUUCCUUGGACACAGCAUGAAUUUGAGUUGGCCCAAUGGGCUUUCCGAAAAUGGAAGUCUCACCAGUUUACUUCUUUAAGGGACUUACUCUGGGGCAAUGCUGUGUACCUGAAGGAAGCCAAUGCCAUCAGUGUGGAAUUGAAGAAGAAGGUGCAGUUUCAGUUUGUCUUACUGACUGAUACACUGUACUCCCCUUUACCUCCUGAAUUACUUCCCACUGAGAUGGAAAAAACUCAUGAGGACAGGCCUUUCCCUCGCACAGUGGUGGCAGUAGAAGUCCAGGAUUUGAAGAAUGGAGCAACACAUUAUUGGUCUUUGGAGAAACUCAAGCAGAGGCUGGAUUUGAUGCGAGAGAUGUAUGACAGGGCAGGAGAGAUGGCCUCCAGUGCCACAGAUGAGAAUGAGUCCACUGUGACUGGCAGUGAUCCAUUCUAUGAUCGGUUCCACUGGUUCAAACUUGUGGGAAGCUCCCCCAUUUUCCACGGCUGUGUGAAUGAGCGCCUUGCCGACCGCACACCCUCCCCCACUUUUUCCACCGCCGAUUCCGACAUCACUGAGCUGGCUGACGAGCAGCAAGAUGAGAUGGAGGAUUUUGAUGAUGAGGCAUUCGUGGAUGACACCGGCUCUGACGCAGGGACGGAGGAGGGAUCAGAUCUCUUCAGUGACGGGCAUGACCCGUUUUACGACCGAUCCCCUUGGUUCAUUUUAGUGGGAAGGGCAUUUGUUUACCUGAGCAACCUGCUAUAUCCUGUGCCCCUGAUUCACAGAGUGGCCAUUGUCAGUGAGAAGGGUGAAGUGCGGGGAUUUUUGCGUGUGGCCGUACAGGCCAUUGCAGCGGAUGAAGAAGCUCCUGAUUAUGGCUCUGGAAUUCGACAGUCAGGAACGGCUAAAAUAUCUUUUGAUAAUGAGUACUUUAAUCAGAGCGACUUUUCUUCAGUUGCAAUGACUCGUUCUGGUCUGUCCUUGGAAGAGCUGAGGAUUGUGGAAGGACAGGGUCAGAGUUCUGAGGUCAUCACUCCUCCAGAAGAAAUCAAUCGAAUGAAUGACUUGGAUUUGAAGUCAAGCACUUUGCUGGAUGGUAAGAUGGUAAUGGAAGGGUUUUCUGAAGAGAUUGGCAACCACCUGAAACUGGGCAGUGCCUUCACUUUCCGAGUAACAGUGUUGCAAGCCAGUGGAAUCCUCCCAGAGUAUGCAGAUAUCUUCUGUCAGUUCAACUUUUUGCAUCGCCAUGAUGAAGCAUUCUCCACUGAACCCCUCAAAAACAAUGGCAGAGGAAGUCCCCUGGGCUUUUAUCAUGUGCAGAAUAUUGCAGUGGAAGUCACAGAAUCAUUUGUGGAAUAUAUCAAAACCAAGCCUAUUGUAUUUGAAGUCUUUGGGCAUUAUCAGCAGCACCCACUUCAUCUGCAAGGACAGGACCUUAACAGUCCACCUCAACCAUCUCGACGAUUCUUCCCUCCACCCAUGCCACUCUCCAAGCCAGUUCCAGCCACCAAGUUAAACACCAUGAGCAAAACCAGCCUUGGCCAGAGCAUGAGCAAGUAUGACCUUCUGGUUUGGUUUGAGAUCAGUGAACUGGAGCCUACGGGAGAGUAUAUUCCAGCUGUGGUUGACCACACAGCAGGCUUGCCGUGCCAGGGGACGUUUUUGCUUCAUCAGGGCAUCCAAAGAAGGAUCACAGUGACCAUUAUCCAUGAAAAGGGAAGUGAGCUUCACUGGAAAGAUGUUCGUGAACUGGUGGUAGGCCGGAUUAGGAAUAAGCCUGAGGUGGAUGAAGCUGCAGUUGAUGCCAUCCUCUCCCUAAAUAUUAUUUCUGCCAAGUACCUGAAGUCUUCCCACAACUCCAGCAGGACCUUCUACCGUUUUGAGGCUGUAUGGGACAGCUCCCUACAUAACUCUCUUCUUCUGAACCGUGUGACACCCUGUGGAGAAAAGAUCUACAUGACUUUGUCAGCCUACCUAGAGCUGGAUCAUUGCAUCCAGCCAGCUGUCAUCACCAAGGAUGUGUGCAUGGUCUUCUAUUCCCGAGAUGCCAAGAUCUCGCCGCCACGCUCUCUGCGCAGCCUCUUUGGCAGUGGCUACUCAAAGUCACCAGACUCCAAUCGAGUCACUGGAAUUUAUGAACUCAGCUUGUGCAAAAUGGCAGACACAGGUAGUCCAGGAAUGCAGAGAAGGAGAAGAAAAGUCUUGGAUACAUCAGUGGCAUAUGUGCGGGGAGAAGAGAACUUAGCAGGCUGGCGGCCCCGUGGAGACAGCCUCAUUCUUGAGCACCAGUGGGAGUUGGAGAAGCUGGAGCUCCUGCAUGAGGUGGAGAAAACCCGCCACUUUCUGCUGCUACGUGAGAGACUUGGUGACAGCAUCCCCAAAUCCCUGAGUGACUCGUUGUCCCCCAGCCUCAGUAGUGGGACCCUCAGCACCUCCACCAGCAUCUCAUCUCAGAUCUCAACCACCACCUUUGAAAGUGCCAUCACACCCAGUGAGAGCAGUGGCUAUGACUCAGCAGACAUCGAAAGCCUGGUAGAUCGGGAGAAAGAGCUGGCGACCAAGUGCCUGCAACUUCUCACCCACACUUUCAACCGAGAAUUCAACCAGGUGCACAACAGCAUCAGUGACUGUAAGUUGUCUGAUAUCUCUCCAAUUGGACGGGAUCCCUCUGAGUCCAGUUUCAGUAGUGCUACGCUCACUCCCUCCUCCACUUGCCCCUCUCUGGUAGACUCUAGGAGCAACUCUUUGGAUCAGAAGACACCAGAAGCCAAUUCCCGGGCCUCUAGUCCCUGCCCAGAAUUUGAACAAUUUCAGAUUGUCCCUGCUGUGGAAACACCCUAUUUGGCCCGAGCAGGAAAAAAUGAAUUUCUCAAUCUUGUUCCAGAUAUUGAAGAAAUUAGACCAGGCUCAGUGGUCUCUAAGAAAGGAUACCUGCAUUUCAAGGAGCCACUUGCCAGCAAUUGGGCUAAACAUUUUGUCGUGGUUCGUCGCCCUUAUGUUUUUAUCUAUAACAGUGACAAAGACCCAGUGGAACGUGGAAUCAUUAACCUGUCCACAGCACAAGUGGAGUACAGUGAGGACCAGCAGGCCAUGGUGAAGACACCUAACACCUUUGCUGUAUGCACAAAGCACCGUGGGGUUCUUUUGCAGGCUCUCAAUGACAAAGACAUGAAUGACUGGUUAUAUGCCUUUAACCCACUCCUCGCUGGCACAAUACGGUCAAAACUCUCCCGCAGAUGCCCGAGCCAACUGAAAUACUAAGUGACUCUGCUGAGCACCCUCACUCGCCUUCGAGAGAUAAAGUGUUACCUCUCAUUUCUCUUUGUGAUUCUUGAUGGUUACUCUUGUAUGUAAUCCUGUGGCUUAUCUACUUCUCCCUCCUCAUCCAGCACCUUUUCUAGCUCUCCUGUUCCCCAUCUCCAUUGCUCUGUACUCUUCUUUUUUUCCAUGCUGAGAAUCUUGUUAGUAGCAUGUGGCUGACCAAAAGAAAAAAAGAUAUCCCCCCCAAAUCCUGAAGGGAUCUAGUGAAUCUCCAAAUUAUUUUUUGGUGUAUUUUGGCUUCCUUUUGUGUGAUAGGUCCCCAUUAUGACCACUGCUGAUGUCUGUACUGCUGUCUUUGGAUACCUUUUUCCGUUUUUCAAGACAUCAUACUUUUUUUUUCUUUUCUGUUUGUGCUAUCACUUUAAUUUUUCUUGGGUGGCUUAGAGACUAAGGGAAGAGACAUCUAGACUCUUUAGAAUGUAAGAGUAAAGAACUUACCUUUUUUUCUCUUCUGUCUCUAUUUGCAGUGGCUAAUCUCUGCAAAGAUUGUGGUGAGCUUAGAAAUGGGACAGUUAUAUUCUGUGAGUCAAAACCAGGGCUUAUUUAGAGCACAGUUAUGGAAUUUUCAUUUAGUGGAAGAGAGAGAAAGAGGAGUUUUCAGUAGGCCUGGGAUGGUGGCUGCCAAUGACCCUUUAAGAAGGGAAGAGCCAAAGAUAUUGCCACUGGAUUUCAGAGGAUCACAGCAUUUGGCAGUGGGCCGUGAAGGCAACAGUCAGUAGGAUGCUUAUGGUUCCUCACAGCAGGAUUCCUGUGAACUGUUUUUCCCUGUUGGGAGGGAGGUUCUUCUCUAGGUGUCUUUCAAUUCUGUUCCUAGCAUUAGUGAUGAUGGUGGUAUGGUUUGGAAUUAGUGUGAUGUCAUACACAAGUAUCCCACAAGGGGGGAGUGUUUUACUUUCUGUUGAUAAACCUGAUGGUUAUUGUGGUCAUUAUAAUUAUGAUAAUACUGAUUAGUGACCUUGUGAUUAUUGUGGCUUCCUUUGAUCAAAGAAAUGUAGAUUUCAAGUAUAAACUUGGAGGUCUUCCUCUCAAUCCAGUGGUCAUUUUCAAUGAUGCUUGUUUCCCCAUACUAAUAAAUAAGCAGACAUGGCAACCUUUGCUCUCUGAGUCCCAGGAUUAAAACCAACCCUCUAACACCACUCCAAACAAAACAAAAGACACUUGGGGGCAAAGAAGGACAUCCACCUGAGCCCUGGCCCCAGUGGUUUGUUGCUGGGAUCCUGCCUUGUCUGUCCUCCUUUGCUACUGUCUCCUCUCUGUCUGGUGUGGAAAUAUUGCCCAAGGAGGAAGGAGGAAGCUCACUGCUGACUGAGUCUCUUUUCUGACAGACUAGGGUUAUCUAGCUUCCAGAGACCAUCAUAGAAGAUAACUCUUUCUUUCAGCUGCUAGUAAAUUUUACAGGAAUGACACUGGGGAAAAGAAAGUAUCCAGGUUACUUCAAUUGCUUUGCCAGUUGACUUGGGGUUGUUUUAUACUAUCCUUUACUUUUCUUGCUCAAACCUCUCUGUUUCACCGUUGCUCAGGCAUUCAGGAAAGUAUCUGUUCGCCCCCACUUUGUGAGGACUGAAGCUUCUUGGCCUUGAGGUUGCUGACUCUUAGGUGAUGGGCAGCUG